GCACCUAAAACGCACGAAACCCUAUAAAUUAUUUGGUUUGCAAAGGAAAUGGAUUCAAACAAUGAAAGCAGUAUUGAAAGGUCUUGUGGUAUUUAUCUGGUGGAAAAAAUAGUUGGCGUUUAUGUUGGAGAGGAUAACAAGCGAUAUUACAAUGUAAAGUGGGCAGACUCAUGGGAGCCAGAAGACAAUCUUUCAGAAUCAUGUCAAAGAUUAAUUAAAGAUUUUUGGAAAGAAAAAACAAUUGAUCCACUAUUGGGUAAAGAUGUCUCAAUAUCAGAAAUAAAGGCUGGUCAACGAGUUGUUAUUAAAUCAAACAAAGAGGAUAAAGAUAAUUUUGAUCAUCCACCUGUUGAUUCUUCUGAUUUAAAUGUUAUUAAUAGAUCUGCAGAAAGUUUGGAAGUGAAAUAUACAGAUAAUAAUAACUUCAAACUCACAGAUAGGAUUACUAAAAUAAUUUUAAUUAAAUCAGAGCAGAAUGAGGAUGUGACCAAAGACUUAUCAAACAGCAAAGAGUUUGUUAAAUAUGACUCAACUGUUACACUGAGCUCAACAGCAACUCAGACAGAGGUCUUGGCACUGCAGAAUGAUAAAAAGUCACAGGAUACAACAGUGCUUGACGAGUCUGGAAAUACCAGCACGGAAUUAACUUGUGUUUGUUUAUCACCAAAGUCUGUCCAUAAUGAUAUUUCAGAUGUUAGUAGCGAAUCAAUUUCACAGAUUAAUUUUGAUACUGAAGACUCAUCAAGCACCUUGAGUAAAACACCUUCAUUCUUACCAAUUAAUAUUGAUUGUGAUACAGAUGUAAUAAAUCUUGAUGAUGAUGACUUAGAAAUUACAGCAACGUUGACAACGCCAACUCGGAAACGAGGCCGCUCGUUUUCAAAUAACACUUAUAGUAACUGCAACACUACAUUUGCGAGGGUUGACAAAACUCAGAUAUUUGAUUACAGUCCUUCCAGAAAUCAUAGCAAUAGUUUUAAUCGGAUGUGUAUGACUAACCCAGUCAAAAGUACUUGUCCGAUUGUUCUUAAUAAAAAACCUAGAUCGUGCAGCGAGGAGCGAAACGGAAACAGAGUAACAUCAAACUCCAUGCUUUUUCAUCCUCGCCGAUUAUUGCAAUAUUCAAGUCAAGAAAGUGAAAGCGAAGAUUACUCACCUUCCUCUUCAAAAUCAAACGAAAAAUCCCAACAUAAAAAGCAACGACCACGAAAUCAAUGCAUAAGUAAAUCGUCUUUGUUGCGUGCAAGAAAAUUAAAAACACCUGGUAAUCCUACUUUAAAGCCGUUGCAUACACACAAAACAAUAUGCAAUACAAUAACAAGUAUUGAUCAAUGCAACAGCGAGUUAGAAACUUCGUCAAGCAAUAGUGGUACUCAAACGUUACCAGGUCGCACUUGUAAUCUUUGUAAUAUCACAUUUAACAACAUCACGCUUGCUAGACGACAUAAUAAUCUUAUUCACGGACAAAAGUACAACAGUAGCUCUUCAACAUGUACUAUUUGUUGUGGAGUUUUUCGGAACUCCCGUGAAUUAAAGUCGCAUAUGUUACUUCAUGGAGACACUGAAAAGCUUUACAAAUGUGACAUAUGUCUUCUAACGUUUAAGCAUCGCUCUGUUCUAAAGCAACACUUAUUAAUACACUCUGGAGAUUUGCCUUACGAAUGCGAAAUAUGUCAAAAACGCUUUCGUCAACAAGGUCAUCUAGUUACACAUAUGGCUCAGCAUGAUGAUAAUAUGAACCUGACAUGCCCUCGUUGUAUUAUUGAGUUUUCAAAUUUAUCAUUAUAUUCUAAACAUAUGAUCGAACAUAAUAGCGAGCUGGCAUUUCAUUGCGAAUUAUGCGAAGAGAGUUUUCAAGUAAAAAAUGAUCUGAAAUUGCACCUACAAGCUCACGAUGAUGGUAAACCGUUUUUCUGCCAUGUUUGUAAAAAGUCAUUUAAGACUAAAGGUUACUUACUCGGACAUAUUCAUAUGCAUAAAAAUCGCGUUAGUUAAGUAAUUAACACGAGAUUUAUGCAUUCUUUAAAUUAUGAAACAUUGCUAUAAUUUUAUUUCUGAUUAACUUUGUUAAUCAGAAACUUUUUA